CAAACUAAAUUUGAAAAACAAAAGAAAUUGCCGCUACUAGUCUACUCUUCGCAAAUCGCAAAGUAAAUCCCAUAUAAUCUUCCGCAAAUCACCGCUAUCCCUUCGCAUAUCGCAAAUCACCACUCACCCAGCACUCCAAUCGACGCUGCGACGUCGGAGUUCCAUCGCCGCUCAGUCGACCGUCGUCCAGUUCGUCGGCCAUUUGCUCCCGUCGGCCAUCGGUGUCGAAGUCACACUCUCCAAUUCUCAUCUUCUGCGUCGUCGCAGUGUACUUCUAGUUCUAGUACAAUGGCCACGGGCUUCUCUUUUUCCAACACUUCAUCAUCUUCCUCACCUUUCUCCUUCACCUCAACCCCUAGUGCCGCUGCCACCACCUCAUCCUCGUCCCCAUUUGGGUUUUCUAUGUCAAACCCUAGCUUCAGUACUUCAUCGACCAGUUUUGGAUUUGGCACUGCCUCUUCUGCUCCCUCAUUUUCUUUUGGUUCUUCUGCUGCCACAACUUCAUCUGUUACUACUGGUACUACUUUGCCAUUUGGACCUAGUGUGGGUACCACUCCAACCACAUUUGGAGCUAAUUCCAGUUCCGGAGCAUCAACAAAUAUAUUUGGAUCUGGUGUGGUUACCCCUUCUUUUGGUUCUUCUGCCACCACAGCUUCAUCUGCUACUACAGGUUCUACUUUACCAUUUGGAUCUGGCGCGUUUACCACUUCCAAUGCAUUUGGAGCUUCUUCCCUCCAGACCACAACCUCCGUUAGUUCCCCAAUGUUUGGAGCAACAACUUCUUUUGGAGCUUCAACACCUUUUGGGUCUUCCUCAGGCUCACCAAGUUUGUUUGGUACAGGUUUGACCUCUGGAUCUUCAUCUAAUUCAGGUACAGUGCCCUCUACUGUAUCACCGUUUGGGGCAUCAGCUCCUGCUUUUGGAGCAUCAUCAGCUUCGCCAACCCCAGUAUUUUCGUUAUCUUCAGCUUCAAGCUCAGCUUCUUCUGCCUCUGGUUUUCUGUUUCCCACCACAGCAGCUGGCAGUUUGGCAUCAUCUUCGUUUUCAUCUUCAGCACCAACAAUAUCAUUUUCCAGUGCUACCACCCCAAGCUCAGGAUCAUCUGCACCAUCAUUUUCUUUCCCAACAGCUUCCACCACAAGUUCAGCAUCUUCGGCACCAGCAUUUUCUUUGGCCAACACCUCAAGUGUGACUUCAACGUCUUCCAUGCCAGCAUUCUCCUUAUCUAGUGCUUCAAUUUUGAGUUCGACAGCAUCUGCUGUGCCUACAUUUUCAUUUUCCAUUACUCCUGGUUCAAGCUCCUCUGCAUCUUCUGCAUCUUCAUCACCCUUCCUGCCCACUUCAGGCUCAACAUUUUCAUUUUCAAAUGCGGCUGGAACUGCUUCAACCACUUCAGUUUCUUCAGUCACAAUUCCUAGCUUGAAUUCAUCAUCUUCGGGUAUAUCUGCCUUUUCAUUUGGGACUUCAUCUAGUCUUCAAACAUCCACAUUAGUGUCAGCUACCUCGAGUAGUGUAGCUUCAAAGCCUGCUGCUUUAAACCUUUCAACUGUUUCAUCACCUCAGUUUUCAACAGUUACUACAACCACCAGUGCUUCAAUUCCUGCUGGUAGUGUGGCAUCUUCUGCUGCUUCUAGCACUGGUUUGUCUUCGACAUUUCCUGCUGUUGCUGGUUCUUCUUCAGCAGCUACUAGUGCAACUGCUAUUUCUGGUUCUAGUACCACGAAUGCACCUUCAUUUACUGUGCCUGCGAGCUCUUUUUCAAUGUCUUUAAAAACACCAUCAACUGCUCCAUCUUCACAACCGCAGUCAACUUCAUUACCAGUCCUUGGUGGACUCACUUCUAGUUCUGCUGGUACAACUUCAGUUUCCACUUCUGCUGCUCAAACAUCAUCUGCUCCAAUAGCAACAACUAGUAGUGGGACUACACUGAGUACAGGUGCUGCAACGGGGACCUCACCUAAGUUACCAUCUGAAAUUACCGGAAAAACUAUAGAGGAGGUCAUCAAGGAAUGGAAUGCAGAGCUGCAGGAGCGCACGACUAAUUUCCGAAAGCAAGCCAAUGCAAUUGCUGAAUGGGACAGGAGGAUCUUACAAAACCGUGAUAUCCUCCUUAAGCUUGAGAGUGAAGUUGCAAAGGUUGUUGAGACACAGGCUAGCCUAGAGCGACAGCUUGAGUUAAUUGAGACACAUCAAGAUGAGGUUGACAAGGCAUUGCAGAGUAUGGAAGAAGAAGCUGAACGGAUAUAUAAAGAUGAGCGUGAAAUGCUUCUUGAUGAUGAAGCUGCAUAUACAAGAGAUGCAAUGUAUGAACAGGCAGAAUUUGUAGAGAGGGAAAUGGAAAAGAUGAUGGAGCAGAUAAAGUCGAUCAUUAAUUCUCUUAAUGCAAACCAGGGUGGAGAACUAACCGAUGGCAUGAAUCCACUUGAUGUUGUUGUCCGCAUUUUGAACAAUCAGUUGAGUUCACUGGUCUGGAUUGAUGAAAAGGCUGAGGAUCUCUCUUCACGCAUUCAGAAUCUUGCAAGGCAAGGCUCUUCUGCAGAUCGCGGAUUGACAGGACCGCGGUUUUUGUUUACCAAUUGAACAAAGUAGAAGCUUUGUCCAAAAUGCAUAGUAUCCGGUGGUUGUGGAGAUUUCGAAAAUAGUUCCGCCCCUAUUGACUAUUGAGAACGCGUAUGAUCAUCGCUCGUCCUUGCGGCCAUUGACUCUUUUUACUUGUGUUGUAGUUUUGGGUUUUCCCCUUCAAAGGAUAGUGUGCUUUGACGAAAUGCUAUUUUGUAGUAAAAAAACUGAAUUAUUUGGCCCAAUUUUAAAGAUUUUGAACCACCGGAAUCUGUACUUGUAACGUCACUGACGUGACACUAACAUGAUAAAACAUGUUGGACGGCUAUGUUGCAUGGAAAUUUUAGGAGGCGUUUGGUUUAGGUAAUAUAAAAUUACUUAAGUAAUAUGAGUAUGAUGAUGUUA